UCUAUGUUUCUUUCAUUAUUAUCUGUUAUAAUUGUUGACGCAACCGUUAUCGAUCACAAUCAUAUCAUUACGAAUAAUAAUAAACACAAUCAUAAUCAUCAUCAUCAUAAUGGACGGCAAACAUCAACUCCAAUAUCAUCAUUGCCUCGGAGACAGGUUCGAGAUUUUGGUUCGAAUCCAUAUCUACCUUUGACCGGAAAAGAAAUGAAUUUUUUAUUACUAAGGAAUGGUAUGACAAGAAUAUCACCAACAUCUUAUCAAUCAACCAUGAACAUACAACAACAACAACCACGACCGACAUCGCAACAAUUUUUCACAAAUCGACCUGAUCAACACGUCCAUUAUCAACAACAAACACAACAACAACCAUCACAAUUACCAUCAACGGUAUCGAAACAACCACCACCACAUGCUGUAUUUCAACCACCACCACCAAAUUUUAAGCCAAAUAUUGCUGUUGAAAAUAAUCUUGAAUUUGAUCUACAAAGCGAUUCAUCAACAGGAGAAAAUUCUGAACAAUGGCCAUCGUCGAACAUUGAUCAACCAAAGAUUACAUUUUUGGAUGUCAAAUGCGAUAGAAAUGCUAUGAAAGUAUCAAUACAUUUUGAUAAACCAUUUCAUGGCGUAAUAUUUAGUAAAGGCCAUUAUACCUAUAGAAAUUGUAUAUAUCUAAUGCCUAAUAGUGGAGUGAAAAAAUUAUUCUUUGAUAUAUCGAUCAAUUCAUGUGGUACUACUGGCAAUGCACAGGGAACAUUUUACAAUGAAGAUCUGGGCAUUGAUAAUGGAUUAUUUUUCGAAAACACAAUCAUUAUACAAUAUGAUCCACAAGUACAAGAAGCAUGGGAUCAAGCACGACGAUUACGAUGUACAUGGCAUGAUCAAUAUGAAAAAGCGGUUACAUUUCGUCCGUUUCCUGUCGAUAUGCUUGAUGUGGUUCGUGCAGAUUUUGCCGGUGAUAAUGUUGGCUGUUGGAUGCAGAUUCAAGUUGGUAAAGGACCAUGGGCUAGUGAAGUUGCAGGCAUCGUUAAAAUUGGUCAAACAAUGACCAUGGUAUUGGCCAUCAAAGAUGAGGAAAGUAAAUUCGAUAUGUUAGUACGUAAUUGUAUUGCACACGAUGGUAAACGUUCACCAAUCGAAUUGGUCGAUGGAAAUGGUUGCAUUGUUCGGCCAAAAUUGAUGACAAAAUUUACUAAAAUUAAAAAUUUUGGAUCCAGUGCAAGCGUUCUUGCCUAUACACAUUUUCAGGCAUUCAAAUUUCCUGAUUCAAUGGAAGUACAUUUUCAAUGUACCAUACAGAUUUGUCGUUUCCAAUGUCCAGAACAAUGUACAAAACAAUCAAAUACUGAAAUAAUUAAUCUUUAUAAUGAAGAUGGUGAAAAGAAACGUAAACGUCGUGAUAUACAUGAAAUGCUCAUCUCUGGAACAUUACGACCAACCAGUGCCAAUGAUGAUGAUGAUAAAGAAAAAGAAAUUGGCCUUAACAAAGCAAUACAAGUAGUUUCACCACGUGAUUUAUCAUUUCCAUUAGAUAUAUCGAAUGUGGAAAAAAUGCCAUUAAUCAAUAAUAUAACCAACAAUAAUGAUCCAUCAAUGAUUAUUGAUCAAUCUUCAUCAUCAUCAUCAUCAUCGAACAUAGUCUGCAUAACUACAAUUAGUUUAAUUUCAGCAUUCAUUUCCAUUGUACUUGUUUGUUUUGCAUGUGCAACAAUAUUUCUAAUAAUGGCACGAAGAAAUCCAAAUAAUCAAUUUGCCCAUCAUUUUCAUCCAUCAUUUUUCAAUACUUAUUUCCAACAAUGAUCCAUGAUGAUAUUAUUUGACGAUGAUCACAUACACAAUACACACACACCAUGCCAUUUAUUUAUUGUAAUUGUAUUCAUAUUACUUGUAUUUGAAAAUUUGAAUAAAAAAAAAUUAGUCCGUUGAAUGUCACCAAAAUCUUUUUUCGGUUGAAAUUUU